AUGCGAAUUCUCGUAAGUCAAAAUAUUCGCAAAUUAAUAAAAGAUGGUUUAAUCAUAAAGAAACCACAAACAAUUCAUUCUCGAUUUAGAGUGAGAGAAAAAUUAGCGGCUAAACGUAAAGGUCGUCACACCGGACCUGGUAAAAGAAAAGGUACCUCAAAUGCUCGUAUGCCAAGUGCAGUAUUAUGGAUGAGAAGGCAAAGAGUUUUGAGAAGAUUGUUGAGAAAGUAUCGAGAAUCGGGUAAAAUUGAUAAGCAUUUAUAUCAUCAAUUAUACAUGAAGUCUAAAGGUAACGUCUUUAAGAAUAAACGUGUAUUGAUGGAAUAUAUUCAUAAGGCUAAAGCUGAAAAGACUCGUACCAAGUUACUCGCUGAUCAAGCCGAGGCUCAUCGUCAAAAAGCCAAAUUAGCUCGUGAACGUCGGGUUACUCGUCAAGCUCAAAAGAAGAAUGAAUUACUUGGAAAAGAAAAUUCUUUUGCAAUAAAUGAUAAAUCAGAUUUAGAUCAAGUGAUAUUUUGUAAAUUGAAAGAUGAUUUUGGAACUUAUUCUCUUCCUUCAAGGUAUUAA